AUAAAAGAGAUAUGGAGGGCAGGGAAUACCUUGUCCACAACUUUCAGACCUGGAGGGAUACACCGCCAGUAGUAUCUCCUAAGGAUACCCGAGCACAAAGCAGCUCUCCCCCCUCAAGGGCACCUGUGCGUGUUCCCCUGCUCUUGACAGUCUCUCUGGCAGGCUGCUUGACGCGUCUUGGCACUCAAAAAGAAAAAAGUCCUGCUCGGCUGCCUAUAGGCUCGACAGAUUUCGUAUCUAUUGCGGCAUUUGUCCACAACAUCCCUUUUUCGCCCUCUCGUCUUCUCUUAUUUCUAUACACUUGCUGAAUGGCCCACCCCCUUUAAAUUUUCAUUUUUCUCCUUCUCAAGCAUGGCGUAUAGUCACGACAGCGACCGGACAAACACCCCGUCCGAGCACGAGCACAUUCCAAGCCAGGGGCAAUCUGCACUCGAGCAUGCUUCCAAGCUCGCACAUAUCCUCGACAACAGCAGCAACAACAGUAGCAGAGACCGGUCGCUAGCCGCGGCCCGGUCAGAGUCCCCGCAGGCAGGCAUGCAGGCGUACCACCGCUCAGCACGGGAGCCGAACGGCUCGCCAGCAAUUAACAACCGGCCAAAAUCCUCGCUCAGCAACGACGGCUCGGGGCGGCGGGCGUCGCCGGACGCAAGCCAGGCGGGCGGGCAGACAGCCCAGCGGCAGGCGGGCGACGUGCCGCCGGGGCUGCGGUACUCGCACAGCGAGGCGAUAUACGAGCGGUCGGGGCACAGCGACGAGGGCAAGGCCGGGUACGCGCUGUGGCUGCCAUGGGAGGAAUCGGCGCUGAUCGACUGGCUGUACGAGCCCAGCAACCGGCGGCUGUUCAACGAGCCGCGACGCAAGAAGGACUGCCACGAGCGCAUCAUCCGCGACGUGCUGCCGAGCAAAACAAGCCGCGCUAUCGAGGGCAAGAUCCGCACGCUUGAGAAGCGCUACCAGCGGGCCGAGGCCGAGACACACCGGCCCGACUUUUCCACCAAGCACCAGGGCAACACCUCGGCCACAAUGCCCAUCCCUGUCGUGUCUGCCCCACAGCCCACCACGGCGCCGCUCGGCGGGUCCAUGCGCCAAGCCGCCCGCGACGACGAGGCGCCGCCCGCCCCGCGUGAGGAAAUCGAAUGGCUCCAGCUCAACCUCCGGCGCGAGGAGCUGGCCUUCCGGAAGCAGGCGCUGGAGCAGGAGCGUGUGCUGGAGGCCCAGCGCGUCCGGCUCGAGGAGCGGCGGCUAGAAAUGCAGGCCCGCGAGGCUGACCUCGAGAGCCAGCGGCUCCUGGUGCAGCAGAAGCAGAUGGACGUGCAGGUCGAGACACUCAAGGGCCUCACCAGCAUGCUACACCAGACUGUCGCUAGCUUGCAUGAUGUGCUACGUGAUCUCGCCCGACCCAGCCAAUGACUUCGUUUUAGAAUCUGCCAACUGUACCUUCCAUGAAUAGCUCUCCUCCCCUCCGCUCCCUCCCCUGUUCCCACACUAAUUCCAUAUCGCUAGCUUAUUGGCACAAAUCAAUGUUUGCUUUUCAGCCCUUCGAGAAAAUCAA